GGCGGCGGGCGGCGGCGGCGGGCGCGCGGGGUGCGGGCCGGCUCGGGCGCGGAGGAUGAAGUGGAGCGUCCGCGGAGCCUGCGCCGCGCUCUCCUCCUGCCUGCUGCUCGCCUGCGCGCUCAGCGCCGCCGCCGUCGGCCUCAAGUGCUUCUCGCUGGGCUCGGAGCUGCGCGGGGAGCCGUUCCGGCUGGGGGCGGCCGCCGGCGCCUUCUACUCCGGGCUGCUGCUGGCCGCGGGCCUCUCGCUGCUCGGCGCCGCCCUGCUCUGCUGCGGGCCUCGGGACGCGCCCCUCGCGGGGCCGGGCCCGGGGCUCGGGGUCCCUGCGGCCGCGACCGGGGCUCCGGAGGCCGCGCCAGGCGAGCCCGGGACCGGUGCGGGGCCCCCGGGGCCGGUGAACAGCCAGAACCUGCUCCUGCUCGGCGUCCUCGUCUUCAUGCUCGGCGUCCUCAGCGCCUUCGCGGGCGCCGUGAUCGACGGCGACACCGUGUCGCUGGUAGAGCGCAAGUACUCCCACUUCUGCCUGCCCCCGCGGGCGCCGGCCGCCGUCCCCGGCCCGGUCCCGGGCCCCGCGGCCGCCGCCCCCGGCCCAGCCCCCGGAGCGACGCGCGCCCGCAGCGCCCUGGACAGCGCCACGACCGCCAAGUGCCGCCAGCUCAAGGACUACCAGCGCGGCCUGGUCCUCUCCACGGUCUUCAACUCGCUCGAGUGCCUCCUGGGCCUGCUCAGCCUCCUGCUGGUCAAGAACUACAAGUCGUCGCAGGCCCGGCGCGGCCGGCGCGGCCGGAGGAGGGGCGGCCGGGCCCUGGCGCGGCCCCGCGGGUGUCCGGGGCUCCGGGCGCAGCCGCCCGCCUCCCGGGUGCGGCGGGGCCGGCGGGGCCGGCGGGGGCGGCGGCUGCAGCCGCGGCCGAGCGAGGCCUCCAUCCUCUGCCCGGAGGAUUCGGACUUCGCGUCCCCGGGGGCCUGCGCGGACUUCGCGGCGCACCACGCCGUCUCCUACAUCAACGUGGGCGUCUUCCCCGCGCUCGACGAGGCGGGCGUGGAGGUGAGCUGCGGCGGGCACCCGUCCGUGGAGCUGCCGGGAUACGCGCCCUCGGACCCGGACCUCAACGCCUCCUACCCCUACUGCUGCCGGCCGCCCUGCGAGGAGGCGCGCCCCUGGGGACCGAGCGGGCCCUGCUGAGCCCCCCUGGCCGGCCCCGGACAGACCCUGCCCGCCUCUCCUCCGCGGACCCGGCGCAGCCGCAGGAGGGCGGGAGGCUGCGGUGGGGUCGAGGUGCGGCCUCGCCUUGGCGUCGCAUCGUCGGGGGCAGCCUGGCCUGGCGCCC